AAUGAAUUCCGCCCUUUCUGUGUGUUUGUUACUUGCUGCUCUUUAUGCUCUUACCCAUUGCCAUCACUUUCCUCAUCACCCCACCUGUGAGGAUGACCAUAAAGUUACAAAUCACACGGAAAAACAUGCACUCCUGAACCAAGCCUGUGUCAAACAAGGUGCUAGCUAUGCAGACUUUACAUUCAGAUUCUAUAAGCAGGCUGUAUUAGUGGAAGCAGACAAGAAUGUGUUCUUCUCUCCUGUGAGCAUUGCCACUGCCUUUGCAAUGCUGGCAAUGGGUGCUAAAUCGGCCACUCGGACUCAGAUUUUUGAAGGAAUGGGCUUUAGCCUGACAGAGAUUCAGGAGGAGGAGAUACAUGAAAGUUUCCAUCAUCACAUCCACAUGAUGAAUUGUCCUAACAAUAAGAUCAAGACAAGUAUGGGAAAUGCCCUUUUUAUAGCGGCUGAGUUUAAAGCACUAGAGAAGUUUUUACAAGACGUCAAAACCUUUUAUGAAACAGAAUAUUUUCCUACUAAUUUCCAUAAUUCAAAAGAGGCCGAGAAAAAGAUCAAUGGUUAUGUAGAGAAGAAAACCUAUGGGAAAAUUCCAGAACUAGUCAGCUCUCUUGAUCCAAACACUGUAAUGGUUCUUGUUAACUACAUUUAUUUCAAAGCCUCCUGGGAAAAUCCUUUCAAUCCUUUCCACACCCGCGAGGAGAAUUUUUGGGUGGAUGAGAAAACCUCCGUUAAAGUCAGUAUGAUGCACCGGGAUACCGACUAUGAAAGCCACUAUGAUGACCAGCUGUCGUGCUGGCUGGUGCAGAUACCAUACAAUGGAAAUGCCAAAGCAUUAUUUAUUCUGCCUGAUGCAGGGAAGAUGAAGCAGUUGGAGGCUGCUCUCUUGAAAGAAACUGUGUGUAAAUGGGAGAAAUUACUUCAGAAAAGGAGUAUUAAUCUGUACAUUCCAAAGUUUUCUAUUUUGGGGUCCUACGAUGUGAAACUCCUGUUUAAGAAAAUGGGUAUUACUGAUGUGUUCUCUAGCCACGCUGAUCUAUCUGGAAUCGCUGGGACGUCCAACCUAUAUGUUUCAAAAGCUGUUCACAAGGCUGUGUUGAACGUUCAUGAGAAUGGCACCGAGGCAGCAGCAGCCACCGCGAUAGCAAUUAACAAACUUCUUCAUCCUUCAACUACCAUUAAAUUCAACAGGCCCUUUGUGGUGAUGAUUGUUGAUAAAGCCACCCUCAGCACAAUUUUCAUGGGGAAAAUUGUCAACCCUACUAUAAAAUAAUUGAGGAGUCGCUGGACGCAUCAGUGCUUAUGGUGGGCCGCAGCUGGCACUCCUACAGACCACCAGGUGUCAGUGACUAUCCCUGAACUUUAAUUGACCUACAUUCACAAGCAAAUCAAAUAUAUAUAUGGGAAUGUUUAGCUUAUAAGCAAUUGAGAUUUCUUCUCAAACAAAAUAGCUAACGAUGUAUACAGCACGUGUAAUAACAAAUCACUGAUAAUCUGCAUAGGAAGGCCUAUCAUCUCUUUGCCCCAGUUUGGUAAUUCAGAUCAUACUUAUAGAUUAUCUGAGUCCCUAGGAAAACUGUCUUUAUAAAAGGCUUCUACUAGAUCUUCAUGUAAGAUGUAAAGUUUCCCAGCUCACAGCAGUGUCCUGAAUGCCCUUAGUUCUGUGUUAUUCACUGGCAACUUUAUCAUCCAGGAAUCCUAGUAAUGAUCACUGCUUUGCCAGUCUGUCUCUGGACAGUCCCAGUGUUGAGGUCCAAGAAAUUAGCAAUCCUUUCCCAUAUUGCUGCCCACGGCCUGGCUGUUAGUCAGCACGCUACCAAGCCAGUCCUGUCACAGUUCUCUCUCAUCAAACAGGUUCUCUCAGACUUCAACAGUUAUUUCUCCUUCAGUCAACUUGCCUUCACCACAUGUUCCAGCUUUUAUCUGGAAUGUCCCAAAAAGCCAGCGGCUGCUCCAAAACAUUUAGAAUUGCUCUUCCGUAACACAUACUAGGUGCCAUGUCACUUCCAUAGUGAUUGGCAAACAACUUUUAAAGGCGCAGUAAUGAAACAGGC